AUGUGUGUUUCGUGGAUGACAUAAGAUCACACUGAAUGUUUAGGUCGCUGACGUUAGAUAAUUCUACAGGUGUCAUUCUUCACAGAACACUACGAGUUGCUGCAGCUGAACAUCAUUAUUCGCUGAAAGAUGACAUUCGGGUUGUUCUAGGCUGCGCUUAACGAAUAGCGCUGCUCAGAGUGUUGCUGCAAGCUCCUAACAGCGUCUCUCGUUUUUCCAUUCAUUAUUGUGAUGUCCUGAAAUAUGCUUGCUCAUCCAGGGACGUAGCUACCAUUAUGAAACAAAGCCAGGGCUUACACAUGACUGUUGCUAAAAAGUGUUUCAGAUUGUGUCAAAGAUGUCAUAACGCAGACACAGAAAGACACCAGCCCAUUUCUCACCAUGAGCAAAUUCUCAGGAAGGUACCACGGUGACACGUCCUCUGAUCACGUGAUAGAACCGAGUGACUCAAGAAAAGAAGCUAUGGUCAUUACGAGACGAUACUGCUCCUGUGAAAGUCAAGAAGAUUUGAUUAGAAUAAAGGACCUAGUUUCUAAACUUAACAACAAGAAUGAAAUAAGUCUGUAUCUGAGGUGGCUGUUGUCACGAGAAGAUCGCACUGGUGCUGUCAACAUCUGUAAAGUUCUGCUUGGAUUAGGACGCCCAAUAGAACAUCUCGUCAGAGACGAGAUCUUGUCAGAGCUGAUCGUCCACGUGGCUGUCGACCUUCUGCAGAUACUUCUCAAAGCCGAUCUAGAUUUCACAAACUUUUUGCCUUGUCAAUAUUUUAUUUCGACAUUAAAAGAAGAUCCUACUGUGUGCCUUUGGGACAGUUUGGUAUUUCGGUCCCUGCUUUGUGGAAAGUCUGGCUACAGGUACGAAAGUCGACCUGAUCCAAGUGAACGAUUUGCUUACGUUGUGAUAGUAGCGAUGAUCCAGGCGAGUUGUUUUAGAACUGAAUCAAUAUCAGCGUUAGCGUAUGUGAUUGACAAGUACCCAAUCAACCCGGGAGAUUCCUAUACGUAUGGGAAGGUGUUCCGUGCGCUUGUAGUCGCGGGGUUGGACCCAAGUGAGGGUUUUGUGUCAGAAAUGGAAGGGAGAGAGUCGCAGUCGGUGCCGGCGUAUUACGAAGAGUACCGGCAGUGGUACAGGGACUACAGGCGGUGUGUUCCCUCUCUGAAACAUUGUGCACGACUGGUCGUGAGGCGUACUGUCCAGGUGAACAUGGAACUGGCCACUUUGAGAAUGGAGCUGCCAAAGCGCGUUGCAGACUUUCUGUUGCUAAGAGAUCCACUUACACUGUCUGUUAUUAAUAUUGAUGAUAAAGAUUGAUUCAUAUUU